AUGGGAAAGAACACUGUGGGAAAAUUUAUUGGAAAAAAAGAAAGAGGCAGCAUCAACAGCAGCAGCUCAUCAUCAAGUUUGACAAAAGCAAAGUCCGAACCAUCAACAAGCGGCCAUUACACCAACACACAACGGUAUCAAGCGUUGCAUUCCAAUCGUUAUCAGGUUUUUUUUAUUACCAAAAGAAGCUUCAAGCCAUUGCAUGAUCUUCGUGGUCGAGGACAAGAUCAUUGCAACAUAAAAAAGAAAAGACAAACAAGACCACCCAUAAUAUCCGAUGAAUAUGAGAUAGAAAGAAGAGAUUUGCUUAGUGAGAAGAAAAGUUCUUCAUUCAUGGCAAUUCUGGAAACGAGAAGUAAAUCAAGAAAAAACCUCUACGGUUAUAGACUUAAAAGCUUUUUCACAUUAUGUGACGACUAUCAUCAUCAAGUUUUAUUCAUGAUGAUGGUAACAGAACUUGAGUUAUUGAAGACGUUGUCUGCUAUUGAGAACUAUCAAAGAAUAAGAAGAAACAAAGACGAAAAAAAAACUUUAUACACAUUGAUAUAUCUUUGGUGCAUGAAAGAGACGAACGAAAUGAAAAAGUGUAGAAUUAUAAAUAACCAUUUCACUUAUGGUACGACUACACAUUGGCAUUUGUUUUUCUUCGGGGGUAUAGGUGAUUCGACCCUGUGCCAGACUGAGAAAGAGAGUUUAGUAAAAUCAUCAUCAUCAGCACUGUAUCGUCAUUUGUGUAUUAGAACUUUAUCACCUUUGAUGCUUAAAUUUUUUUUCUCCAACAAUGUUCAAAACAAAAUGGCGCAUUUGAAAAAAAAUAAGUCUUGUUCAGAAACCCAACCUAAAUCUUUGAUGUUCCAACACAUAUCAAAACACGACAUCGCUACACGACAACACUACGAAACUUCGGCAUCUACAGACACUAUUCGAAGACCCCAAACAGAUUUGUUUCAUAUAAUUUACUCAAUUAUGUUGUUGUUAGGAGUAAAUCUUACUUUAGCUUCAUCUUUCAAAUGUGAGAUUUUUGUCUGCGAUUUUGAUGAUGAAGAAAAGAUUCGGCUUGACAAGUGUGUGUGUAUGUGUGUUUGUCAGAGCUGUCGCGACAUUACUACAAAUGAGAUCAGUCUACGUUUUCAUUAUAAAAAAAGGCAAAAUAACGAAGACAUUCUUUUGAAAAGUAAUAGAUAA